AGUCCCCACACUCUGCCCUACCCCCUAAAGAGUCCCCACACUCUGCCCUACCCCUAAAGAGUCCCCACACUCUGCCCUACCCCCUAAAGAGUCCCCACACUCUGCCCUACCCCCUAAAGAGUCCGCACACUCUGCCCCUACCCCCUAAAGAGUCCCCACACUCUGCCCCACCCCCUAAAGAGUCCCCACACUCUGCCCCACCCCUAAAGAGUCCCAACACUCUGCCCUACCCCCUAAAGAGUCCCCACACUCUGCCCCCACCCCCUAAAGAGUCCCCACACUCUGCCCUACCCCUUAAAGAGUCCCCACACUCUGCCCUACCCCCUAAAGAGUCCCCACACUCUGCCCUACCCCCUAAAGAAGUCCCCACACUCUGCCCCCACCCCCUAAAGAGUCCCCACACUCUGCCCCCACCCCCUAAAGAGUCCCCACACUCUGCCCUACCCCCUAAAGAGUCCCCACACUCUGCCCCACCCCCUAAAGAGUCCCCACACUCUGCCCCACCCCUAAAGAGUCCCAACACUCUGCCCUACCCCCUAAAGAGUCCCCACACUCUGCCCCCACCCCCUAAAGAGUCCCCACACUCUGCCCUACCCCCUAAAGAAGUCCCCACUCUGCCCUACCCCCUAAAGAGUCCCCACACUCUGCCCUACCCCCUAAAGAGUCCCCACACUCUGCCCUACCCCCUAAAGAGUCCCCACACUCUGCCCUACCCCCUAAAGAGUCCCCACACUCUGCCCUACCCCCUAAAGAGUCCCCACACUCUGCCCCACCCCCUAAAGAGUCCCCACACUCUGCCCUACCCCCUAAAGAGUCCCCACACUCUGCCCUACCCCCUAAAGAGUCCCCACACUCUGCCCUACCCCCUAAAGAGUCCCCACACUCUGCCCUACCCCAACCCCUGA